CUCAAGAACACACACAAAACCAAGAAGAGAACGAUGAGCUUGAACCCAAGCGAAUUCACAGACAAGACCAACGCCUACCUCAAGGAAUCGGAGGCGCUGGCAGAAGAACACAAUCAAGCCCAGGUCACGCCGUGGCAUCUCACAGCGGUGCUGUUCCGCGACAAGGAAGGGCUGGCGCGACGGAUUGCCGAGAAAGCGCAGGCAGACUCGGACGUGAUUGCACGCGACGCCCUGGCGCAAGUGAAGAAGAUGCCGUCGCAAACCCCAGCACCCGACAACAUUUCCAUUGACUCGGCGCUCACAAAGGUCCUGAAAGCCGCUGUCAAGAUGCGCAAGGAUUCAAAAGACACACAUCUUGCCGUGGACCACCUUGUCUUGGCGCUAUUUACCUUUUCCCCCGUUGCCACACUGCUAGCGUCCCAUCGACUGCAAGAAAAGUCCGUCAAGGCCAUCAACGACGGGAUUCGAGGCGGCCGCCCUGUGACGGGGCAAAACGCAGAGUCGAACUACGAAGCCCUGAAAAAAUACGGGCAAGACUUGGUGGAGCUCGCGGCAGCUGGGAAGAUUGACCCGGUGAUUGGCCGUGACGAAGAAAUCCGCCGCACAGUGCGCAUUUUGUGUCGUCGUACGAAGAACAACCCCGUGUUGAUUGGCGAGCCUGGUGUCGGGAAGACGGCCAUUGUCGAAGGCCUGGCCCACCGCAUUGUCCUGGGCGACGUUCCGGAGUCCAUUGCGCAAUGCCACGUCAUUUCAUUGGAUUUGGGGGCUCUGAUUGCCGGCGCCAAGUACCGCGGUGAGUUUGAAGAGCGAUUGAAGGCGGUACUGAAGGAAGUGCAAGACAGCGAUGGCAAGAUCAUUUUGUUCAUUGACGAAAUGCACUUGAUCCUGGGAGCAGGGGCUACGAGCGGUGCGAUGGACGCUGCCAACUUGUUGAAACCCAUGUUGGCCCGCGGUGAGUUGCGCUGCAUUGGAGCCACGACCUUGGAAGAAUACCGCAAGCACGUGGAAAAGGACAAGGCGUUUGAACGCCGGUUCCAACAAGUCAUGGUGAAGGAGCCGUCCGUUGAAGACACGGUGAGCAUUCUCCGAGGGCUGAAGAGUCGCUACGAGUCCCAUCAUGGCGUGGCCAUCACGGAUGGUGCAUUGGUGGCUGCGGCGACAUUGGCAGACCGCUACAUCACGGAACGUUUCAUGCCGGACAAGGCGAUUGAUUGCAUUGACGAAGCGUGCGCGAACGUGCGCGUGCAGCUGGACUCGCAGCCAGAGGUCAUUGACGCGUUGGAGCGCAAGCAACUUCAGCUGCAAGUGGAAGCGACGGCGUUGGCCAAGGAGAAGGACAGCCGGUCGAAGGAUCGUCUGAAAGUGGUGCGACACGAGCUGUCCCAAGUCCAAGACCAAUUGACCCCCCUGGUACUACAACAUCAAGGCGAGAAGGAAAAAGUGAACGAACUUCGCCGCCUCAAGGACAAGUUGAACGCGUUGCACUUAAAGGUGAGCCAGGCCGAGCGCAAGGGCGAUUUGGCGCAGGUGGCGGAUUUGAAGUACUAUGCGAUUCCCGAUGUUGAGCGAACUUUGAAACGACUGGAGACGGAAAAGGCCAACGACACUCAAGCGAAUCGACUGGUGGAAGAAGUGGUGCGCGAAGACCAGAUUGCUCAAGUCGUGGCUCGAUGGACGGGCAUCCCAGUCGACAAGCUGACCACGAAUGCCAGCGACCGCCUCUUGCACCUGGCUGAUCGCCUUAAUCAACGCGUGGUCGGGCAAGCCAGCGCCGUGGAAGCCGUGUGUGACGCCGUUUUGCGUUCCCGUGCAGGUUUGAGUCGUCGCGAUCAACCCACGGGGUCGUUUUUGUUUUUGGGCCCCACGGGGGUGGGCAAGACGGAGUUGGCGAAAGCGUUGGCGCUGGAAUUGUUCGACUCGGAAAAGCACAUGGUGCGCAUCGACAUGUCGGAGUUUAUGGAAGAGCACUCGGUGUCCAAAUUGCUCGGUGCCCCUCCUGGCUAUGUGGGCUACGACGACCAAGGCGGCCAGCUGACCGAACCCAUUCGCCGCAACCCGUACAACGUGGUAUUGCUAGACGAGAUUGAAAAGGCUCACCCCAAGGUGCUCAACGUGUUGCUGCAAUUGCUGGACGAAGGCCGCCUGACAGAUUCCCACGGGCGAUCGGUGGACUUUACGAACGUGGUGGUGGUACUGACGUCGAACAUUGGCGCCGAGUUUUUGCUUCCAUCUCCAGAGAACACAUCGCCGUUGUCGUUGAAUGGCACGGGCUUGCAAAGUCCAAAGAAGAAGCCGCGGUUGAUUGACGAGCCCAGUCGCGCCCAAUUUGAAGUGCAGAAGCAGUUGGUGCUAGGCACGUUGCAGCGCACGAUCCGCCCGGAACUGCUGAACCGUCUGGACGACGUGGUGGUGUUUGAGCCGUUGGGCAAGGCGCAGUUGCGCGAGAUUGUGAAGCUGCAAUUCCGAUCGGCAGAAGACCGUCUCCGCGACAGCCACCAAGUGACGAUUUCCAUGUCGACGCCCGCCCUGGAUGCGAUUUUGGCGGCAGCUUACGACCCCCAGUAUGGCGCUCGACCUCUGAAGCGAUACAUUGAAAAGCACGUGAUUACGCAGCUGAGUCGGUUGAUUUUGGCUGGCAAACUCACGUCCAAGGCCCAUGUUCAAGUCGUGGCGUCCAAAACGACCGACGGCGUGGAUUUCGUCGUCCAGAACGCCGUCGCUCCGUAAGAACGGAUUUGAUAUUUAGAUGAUUGUAUAAUUUUGAGAAUUGUAUGAUUUAUAUGUAGAUGAUUGUACUAGUAUAAUCUAUACAUUUCACGUUUCUUGGAGGUUGGUACAGCUCACAGGACAGAGUGGUGAUGUCACAAGGAAAUUCGUUGAAUGAAAACUCACUUGUGAGCACCUCACAAGGAAAUCCCGAUACUACAGUAACUGUAAGUAUACAGUAGGUACCUCUCGUUUGUAUGGGACCACACCAAAGAGUUUAAAAAACCCAUUCAUUAAUCCAUGGACCUGGUUGUAUUUUCCACCAUGUUAUUGUGUAUUUCACCUAAAUUUGGACUUGCGAGUCAUUUCACCAAAUAGCAUUCGAAUAUAUUUCAUCCUAUUUAAUCUUACUUAUAUAUAUAUGGUUUUGCCCAAUGCAGAGGGGUCAAACGUUUGGAUUGGCAGAAAUUUGACAUAACGUGAGUUGAUUGGCUCAGGCGGUUCUUUAAUCGAUUCCCCUACAGUAACAAUCACUUGCCAAGGAUUUCAACGGAUUUUUGUGUCACCUCUACACUAUUGUUAAACGCAUGAUUCACAACAAUGAUUCAUGCACCAGUGUUGUUGUGGGCUUGCAAUUGCUGCAGUUUCGUCACUCCAUCCAACGUGUUUUCCACCGCCUCCAGACACACCAUCACAACCAUGGCAUCUAUGGACCCCACCAGUUUCAAUAGCGGCCGCAAGCAGCCUAACACAAAUCCAACACUACUACUAGUACUACUACUACUAGUACUACCACCACUUGACUU